ACCCUCUGCAGCUGUGGUCUGCUGAGCGUCACCUCCACACAGCAAGUGCCUUUACUUGAGCAAAGGAGGGAGCAGGAAGAGGAGGGCGGCGCGAGCGCGAGAGAGAAAUGCCCCAGGAGUGAGUCUCAACGCAGCAGAGGAGCAUCUCUGUGACUCCUCGCGGGGAGAGCGGACGGCGGGCGGCGUUCGCAGCAUCACGGAGACGUGGAGACGGGGGAACCCGCCGGCGCUGUUGAUCCCGGUGUCUCUGGCAGAAGCUGCUCGAGCGGGAGACAGGAGACGGGAGCGGCGGCAGCCAGAAGCUCAGCGGGGGGUGGGCAGCGCUUUACAGCGACAGGGACGCGCGGAGCCGGCAGAAACCUGUGCACACGCACACACAGGCUGCAGAAACACUGCUUCUGAAACUUACAGACUGAACAACAGCUACAAUACAUCUCAUCUCCUGCUCUGCGGACGGUGGAUGAUGGAGAGGAAAACUUCUGGAGAGGAAAUGUUCUUUUAAUCACGAUUUACUGCAGAGAUUUGUUUUGCCUGUCUUCACUUUGGAGUUCGGGGGCUUUGGACCCUCGGUCUAAGCACAACACAGAAUCACCUCUAUUCUUAGUUGCAGCCCUGGCGACCGUUAAGAUGCCUCCUCGUGAUUCAGUCUGAGCUGUAAGUGGAUUAUGACGGCAACAUUUUGGGAUUUUCUCUUUGGCUCGAUAAAAAAAGAAAAGAGAAAAUAAAUCAACCCAUGACUGGUGGAUUUACAUCUGUCAGAGAGGGAGAGGAUCCGGGGCGCUCGCUCUUCUCUUCUCCCGUGGAUUACAGAUGGGCUUUGUGAUCUCCCAGUGCAGUCUCAUGGAUGAUCGUCCGCUGCCAGUCAUUAGGAUAAAGUACAAAGAGGGACACAAGUGGCUCGGGCACAAGUGGAGAUUGAUUGAAGUAAUCUGUGUGAAUCCUAUUAAUGCGACCUGGACUGUGGCCAAGGCAGAAGCGAUGGAGGGGAACACCGCUGUCUAGCAGCACUAUCUGAUCUGCCUCCUCACUGGACCGACUAAGGACCCUCUGCACUCCCUCUUCAACAGCACUCCUCUUCCUCCCGCCCGCCCCCUCCAGGCAAGGAUGGUUCCCCCGCCUCCCACCAACAAGCCCCACGUGUGCCUCUCCACCAUCCUGAUCAUGAGCAGCAUGGCGCUGAUUGACGCCUACCUGGUGGAGCAGAACCACGGGCCGCGGAAGAUUGGCAUCUGCAUCAUGGUGAUGGUGGGAGACAUCUGCUUCCUCAUAGUCCUGCGCUACGUGGCCGUGUGGGUGGGGGCAGAGGUGCGCACGGCCAAGCGCGGCUACGCCAUGAUCCUCUGGUUCCUCUACAUCUUCGUGCUGGAGAUCAAGGUCUACUUCGUGUACCAGAACUACAAAGCGGACAGGAAGAGCUUGGAUGCGCUGGCCCGGAAGGCGCUGACGCUGCUGCUGUCCAUCUGCAUCCCGGUGCUGUUCGUGGUGCUGGUGGCCAUCGACCACAUGGAGUACGUGCGCGCCUUCAAGAAGCGCGAGGAGAUCCGCAACCGCCUCUUCUGGGUGGUGGUGGACCUGCUGGACAUACUGGACAUCCAGGCCAACCUGUGGGAGCCCCAGAAGAAGGGGCUCCCCCUGUGGGCGGAGGGCCUGAUGUUCUUCUACUGCUACAUCCUGCUGCUCGUGCUGCCCUGCGUGUCCUUGAGCGAGAUCAGCAUGCAGGGCAUCAACAUCGUGCCCCACAAGAUGCUCCUGUACCCCAUCCUCAGCCUGGUGACCAUCAACGUCAUCACGCUGUUCAUCCGCGGCGGGAACAUGAUCCUGUACAGGGACGCGCGCGUGUCCGGGAUCCUGAUAGGGAAGAACGUGCUGGCCAUCAUCCUGAAGACCUGCAGCUUCGUGCAGUACAGGAGGCAGCUGCAGAACGCGCCGCCCGCCUUCGGGGUGGAGCUGCAGAAGAACUCGGUGGCCCACGCUCGCCCCGCCCCCACCCCCCCCCAGGUGGUCAUGCAGGACCAGACGCCCCUCCCCGAGGUGACGUCGUGCGAGCACACAUGACAGGGCGGCGCGGCGGCGGACGCAGGCGACCCCCGGGACGCCGGCCGGGCGCGGCGCUCCACGGCUUUCGGGGCAUGUGUGCACACAGGGGAGGAUGAUCUCCGCUGAUGCUCAACGGCACACGGGACGGUCCGGACGCGUGGCGAGGAUAGAGCAGCGCUGUAUCCAAAGCUGUCAUGGUGCAAGACUACAAUAUCACUUGUGACUUUGUUGAAGCAUUUCGCCGAGUGAAUUCAGUCAGUGUAUUUUUUCUAAUAACAUCAAAGGAAAAAAAAGAGAAGUCAAUUACUGCAAGAUUAGAUGAUAUAUUUUUUAAUUUUGUGUUCGUUGCAUUCUUAUGUUACACUUAAGGGUCUGUGUGCUGUGGUGUGUUUACUGUAUGUGUUGCUCGAAUGUUCUUAGUAGUCGAGGGCUUUCAUGUGACAAAGUCAGAGGGAGCAACCAGUCCAAGUAAGAAAACAAGAGUUGAAGCUUUCUCUGAAAACAAGUGUGUUUUUAUAUGUGAUUCUUUGAUAAAGUAUUGUGUACAAGA